GGAUCAACAGUCCAUAUCGAAUAUAUUUUCUUCAACAUUAAGCAGGUCGCCAUGUUUUCCUUUUGCUUUCUUUUAUAACCAGCCUCACGCCUAUUCGUUUUUAGCUUCACACGCUUCGUCAGCUACCUUAUCUGCCAGUCUUCCACACUAUGAACUCAGUCGUCAAAUGGCACUGUUGAAUUCGACGGCAGGUGGAGCUUUUUAUCCAAUUAGUUCUGUUAAAACGAACUUGACUGGUUCAUCUGUGAACACGGACGUGAAAGAUGGACACACGAAUAAUUCAAAGUGCAAAGAACCAACAUUAUUUCAGUGGUCACGAUACCUUACUACAGACAAAUCUCAAAAAGUGUUAGACCUCAGGUCUCCAGAAGCAGUUGGAAGAGAUUAUUCCAACAAAUCCACUCGUGUUUCUUUGAGUCCAGGAAGCGACUUCGAACCUUCUUCUAAAAUAACAAAAAUACAAGAAAGUAACGAAUUACAAUUCUCCAGGUGGAGGAACUUUGUCGAAUGGUCAAUCGUACUGUCCGGUUUGUGGUGUCACUCUUCAAUCACAAGAUCUUAUGGAACACGUACAGCAGGAAAUAGAAAACUUACACAAGUUUUACCGGAGUAAAGAAUGGGACUCUUCAAAAGAUGAAUCGGAUAAAACGGUCGCCCCAGAUUUUGACUGUUCUAUCCUGAAACAGUGUGGUACAUCCAGAGUAGGGGAUCGAAGACCUCCAAUAGCUAGGUGGGAGACCUAUUUACGAGUUCGGUCAAAUCGACAUAUGAGGGUCAAUGCAAGACAUGUGAAACCCAGAAGACGUUCACCGGAUUUCUUUCAACAAGAAGUAAAUGAACACAGGGAGAAAGACGCGAUGGAGACUUGUAAAGAUCAGAAUGACACUUCGCCAAACCGUGAACAAGAUAUAGAAGCUAGUUCAAGCUUGAUAGGAGGACCAACCAUGAAAGACAGUCAUUCUCACACAAACAUUACCAUUAGAAGUUCCAGUCCAAAGAUAGAAAAUACUUUGCCAGAAACCGAAUUGUUCCAGAUAGAUGAGAAUGCAGAUCCCAACAAACUGAUUGACUUAUUGCAAGAUCGACUCCAAGAUCUUCAAAAACGACAGCAGCCAUCGCCAACAUUAAAGUGUCAUUUCUGCCAGGAUCUUUACAAGAAGCCUGUAGUUUCUGUCUGUUGUUGGCAUGUUCACUGCGAGCGCUGUUGGCUCCAAGCUUUGGGUGUCAAGCGAGUAUGUCCUCAAUGUGACACAAUCACCUUCCCAUCAGACUUGAGAAUGUUGAACGUUUGAAGAUAUCCUAAUUAUGGUUCCUUUCUGUCUUUGUGAUGAUGAUGAUAGCAUUACGAGAGUGAAAGAUUUUAACGAUUCCUCUAAACAAUUCACUGUCUCACUCUGACCGGAGAAAUCUAAGUUCCCAAUGAUGACAUUUUAUAAAGGUUCGUUUUAUGUUGUAUCAACAGAGAAGUUUUUCUUAUAGCUUCCUGGUAAACGUAUAAAACAACGUUAGACUUUUAUGGUGUGAUACUAGUUACUCUUCUUUAGAAAGUAGCAAUCGGUACAUCAGUUCUACUCUGUGGAGGACCAUGAUGAAA